AUGGGAUACCUAGAAGUAUUGGGUCUGAUAUGGAAGUUUUUGUGGGGAAAGUUGGGAACCAAACUAUUGUUUUCUACUAUUUCUCAUCCACAAGCAGAUGGACAAAUUGAGGUAGUAAAUAGAACAUUAACUCAACUGUUACGCGCUAUAAUUUACAAGAAUUCGAAAAGUUGGGAGGAUUGCUUGCCAUUUAUGGAGUUUGCUUAUAGUAGGACCUUGCAUUCUAUUACUUCUUGUUCGUCUUUUGCAAUUGCAUUUCAUUUCAAUCUACUAACUCCUUUGAAAUUAAUUCCUCUACAUGUUGAUGAAAGAGGUAGUGUAGAUGGAAAGAAGAAGGUUGAAUUGCUAAGGUCAAUUCAUAAGAAGGUUCGGCUUCAAAUUGAAAAGAAAGACGAACAUUAUGCAUCUCAAGCUAAUAAAGGAAGGAUGCGUGUAAAGGUUAGAGAUCGAAUCAUUUUGAAGAGAGAGGAAAUGAUGAGAAUCAUGGAAGAUAAGAUUGCAAGGAUUUAUUAUAUAUUGUAG